UCUACACACUUUCGUGGCGGGUCUCGCAAGACUUCCGCCAGCGCUUGCGGGGAAUUAUUCUCCCCGAGGCCUUGCCAAUCUUAGGAUUAGCACGAAGAUUAGCGCCGUGGAUGGUUAUAGUGUUUUAUCGGACGGCACUCAAGAAUCGAGACAGAUCUGGGAUCCAGCAUGAAACUGAAGCAAGCGACGACAUGGUGUCUUACUAGUAGGGUCUUGGAGAGCGAGGGGGCUCUUGGAGGGGGAUGGAAGACUUCGGAGGGCGUGUUCCAAAGAAAAGGUUGUAAUUUCCUCUCACUGCACAGGGCGUGCUGAUCUAUGUGUAGCAUAUGAGUAAUCCCUCACUUAAGCUGAGAUUGGAGCUUGCUUCAAGUUCUCGACCGAGUUUACGAAACUCGAGGUUUGUUGGUUACAGACAGAGUUGUUGAUUCUGACAGACGGACGCAUGCAUAUGCACACGCACAGAAGCAGAGUUUGAGUUUGAUGGUUGCAAGCAGAUAGGCUGAUUGUGACUAACAUGUACUUAGAAGGAAAGCUUGUUAGAGAGAGGUGUUAGAGACGGAGAUUAGAGAAAUGUAAUGUCGAUUCGCACGACUUGACUUAGGCAGUGAGUGGCAGGUGAUGGAGUAGACGUGUGUCGUCCUUCCCCGUGGUGAUGACAUUGUAAGGCAACGACACGUCAUUGUGGGAAUCUCUGCACUGCUUCCAGGGUUUUGAGCCAUUCUUGGCGUUGGAGUGUCUUGUCAUCACGUGAAGGCGGUGUUUAUUUCCCCUCUUACUUGGUGGGUGCUGAUUGAUAAGCUUGCUCCGCCACUUUAUAUCUUUAACACUUAUUUUAGAUUAACAAUUUUGUAGGAAUUAUGAAAGAAGGAGCCAGAGGGUUCAAGAGUUUAAGAAUGGGAAAAUUGGAGAAUCGUAGAGGGGAUAGGUUGUAGAUUUGAGAGGGAGGCUGACCAGUUUGACUACUGUUGGAUUAAGAGCCAAGUUUUGGGAGAUUGUGGGGUUAGAUUUUGAUGACGCUUGUGGUGGUUUGGAUCUUGCCGCUCCGUUCCUUGCUGUGAGGCCAUUUCAGGUGAGAGGGAGCCAGUAGGUUGGGUUUGGAUCCACGUUUGUGAAGCUGAGGUGUGAGCUUUCAGCGCCGAGGCGUGUGCAGGAAUUGCGUGAUUUUGUACCUGAGGAUGGCAUACAGGGUUGCAGGGAUUUGUUACCUCUCUUAGAUCUGUUUUCUCGAGGUUCAGAGGUUUUGAUUAUUGGGUUGGACUGCUUAUCAGAAUGUAAAUAUCGCGAGAAAGGAUUGUUAAAAAUUGGUCACGUGAAUUGGGUUGUUGUAACAGGGGAGGGAGAACGGGGCUGCAGGAGUUCGUUGCCUCUCUUAGAUCUAUUUUCGUGAGGCGCUGAGGUUUUGACUUCAGGGUUGGACUGCAUGUUAAUUUUCCAACCUCGCAAGAAAGGAUUUCUAGUAAUUGGUCACUCGAGCUUGGUUGGCUUUUCGUCCUGGAAGUGGUUGCUCUCUGGUUCAGAAGUUCAGUUGGGGAUAGCAGGUUUCGUCUCCAAGCAGUCCCCAGAAUUUCACAUAGUGCACAGAUUCUGCAGCAUUUUAGGGGAUCAUAGGUUCAGGUGGCCGUAGGCAAUCUGAUAACAGGAGGAAUUAUUAAUUCUCUAUGACUAGCCUUUGAAGAUCCUUGUUCUUUGAGAAGUUGUAAAAGGCAGUUAACGAAAUUACAGGAAGAAAUUGCCGCUUGGAGAUCAGUAUGAACCCCUCACGAUGUAUAGACUGCAGUACAAGGAGAGUUUCGAAGUAAUGGCGGGCUCAAAUUCUGUUUUUCUUCCACCUCCUGGCGUGGUUACCAUACAUGACCGACAUUGGAAGCAAGCACUACACUUGUACGCAUUUCCUCUGGCUUUUCAUGUUCUUCUCACUGGAUAUUGUGGGAAUCCGGAUUAGGUGAUCGGAGAGCUCUGGAUUAAGCUAGGGCCUCCUAUCUGUAUCCUUGCGUUAGAGGGUUUAAUUUUUUGAAAGUAUGUCAUUGAAGCUGAAGCAGAACCAGUCGCUAGUUUGGUAUUGAAUUCAGCCUUGGAUCAGAGGAGAUUUAAGUGGUUUUGUUAAACCGCUGCAUUGAGGAGCUGAACUGGGUUUAUAGUUGGUGCGAACGGAAGACAGAAUUGGUCAUGAAUGAGGUCGGUGACAUCGCUUUCGUGCUAAGCACUGAUUUCCUCACGUUAUACUAUCGAGUCUUGUGAGAAAGCAUGGAUGGUAAAAUCGGAUCGGAGGAUGAGUUUCACGAAACUUUGGAAGAUAUUACAUCGGCAUCAAGUUCAGAGGCUGAAGAGGGUGGUCGAAGAGCUAUGAGAGCGGGUAUAGCCGGAGUUGCUCCGGCAACUAGCCGUGAACGGCCGCCCGUUUGGACACCUUCUUCAUUUCAUUCCAAGUUUUCAGUGUGGAAGAAUGAUCCCAGUAGUAUUACUGAUCGCAGGCAGCGAUUGUUUCAAAAUUGGGGAAUAAAAAAUCUCAGAGAGGACCCCAGUACUGGUUCCACAUCUUCACUGGCGAACAAAAGUUUGUUGACAUCAGGAGCUGACAAGGUUGGCCAGUAUGUUUGGAAAGUAUCUCAAAGUGUCUCUUGUGUAUCUUCUGCAGAUACUGAUGAGACAUCAGCUCGUGAAACAUUAGCAGAAAAGAGAGCAGACUCUAACACUGUAGAGAACGGCUUCGCGAUCGAUUCUGGCAAUAAGCGACUGGAAGAGAACAGUGGUGCAGUUCUGAGGGAAGGGAAUAGCAAACUAGGUCCUGUGCUCUCUAGAUUAGGUCCAGUGUCAGCAGUGACGUUUCGUGAGGGAUCCAAUGGGAGCACAUUUAGGAGCUCUGGAAACAGUCCUGACGUUAGUCCCUAUCCAGAAUGUCACACUAAAUUGAUGGCGAGCCCUGAGGGUAGCCUUUCGCCUCUUUGGGAUGGCUGCGCAAACACGGAAGCUGGACACCUGUACCAAGCGUCCAGUUCUCAGGAAAAAUUGUCACAUUCAUAUGAUACUGAUAAUGGCUAUGAGACUAGAAGUCAAGAUGGGUACAGUGCAGCUGAAGACUACAACAUCGACGAUUUGUUGAAGAUCAAAGACUUGGACAGUGGUAAGGAGUUUUUAAUUAAUAGGUUCAGCACAGAUGGGUCACUGCAUAUGCUGAGGGAGGUUGAUACAGGUAGGGAGCUGACUUUGGCAGAAUUUGAGAAGGUUGUGGGUCUUUCUCCAAUCACGCAGGAGAUGAUGAGACGGCAACAAGCUGCAGAGAGUGGGUCUAGCAAUGAGAAGCAGGGAUCAGGGAAAACCUCGGGUAAAAAGAAAAAUGGUUGGUUGAAGUACUUUGUGGUGAAAAGGUCUACAAAGGAGAAGCCUGUAAUAGGAGGUAGUACAAGAAGUGAUAAACAAUCCCUCAGCGGUGAGGAUACAGAUGGCUCCACAAAGGGAGGAAGACUUUCUCCAAUUGGAUCUUCGAAGGGAGGUAACUCUAGAGAAGGUUCAUUCGCCGAUCCUGACAGGGAUGUAUCUACCAAGGGCGAGCUUCCAUCUGAUGACACUGCUGGCCCUACUUGGAGGCAACCUCAGAAGGUAAAAGUCAAGCUGCGUCGGAAAUCUGUCAAAGAGCUUUCAGGCUUAUAUAUGGGGCAGGAGAUUCAAGCUCAUCAAGGGGCGAUUUGGACUAUGAAGUUCAGUACUGAUGGACGAUACCUCGCUAGCGCUGGUCAAGACCGAGUGAUUCAAGUCUGGGAAGUCGUGGAUCAUCCAUCUGUUUUGGAAUCUGAUAUCUCUGGAGGACAGGAGAAUGGAGAUUUUGAUAAUGGAGUACAUCUCCAGGUGAAUGGCGGUUCCGUCAAGAAUGGCAGUGUCAAGGUUGGUCAACACUAUAGUUCCAAGGCGGAUAAGGAAGGAAGUACGAAGGGUGGUAAGAUAGAGAACACUGAGGUAGAAAAAGACGGAAAUACCAAGUUUUCCAAAGAUAGUAGUACCAGGAGUGCCAAGGAAGGAAGUACAAAGGGUGGUAAGAUAGAGCACACUGAGGUAGACAAAGACGGAAAUACUAAGUUUCUUAAAGAGUGUAGUACCAGGGGUGCUAAGGAAGGAAGUACUAAAGGUGUAAAAUCACCAUGGCAAGAUUUGAAAUUAGGCCAUCCGCACAAAGGUCAUUUACCGAAGCUCUUCUGGCUGUCGGAAAAGCCCGUGUGCUCCUUCCAUGGCCACACGGGGGAUAUUUUGGAUUUGUCAUGGUCGCAGUCCAAGCUUCUUUUGUCUUCAUCAAUGGACAAAACCGUUCGGUUGUGGCACAUUUCGGAAGAGGAUUGCUUGCGGGUGUUUUGUCAUAAUGAUUACGUAACUUGUGUACAGUUCAACCCAGUUGAUGAUAGCUACUUCUUAAGUGGAUCCCUGGACUACAAGCUUCGGACUUGGAGCAUUCCUGGACAUCAAGUUGUUGACUGGAUUGAUCUGCGCGAAAUGAUCACAGCAGUGUCCUACGUUCCUGAUGGAGAGAAAGCAAUUGUUGGUUCCCACAAAGGGACUUGUCGUUUCUACAACACCAAAGGAAACAAGUUGCAGCUUGAUGCUUCUUUUGAUGUUCGCACUGAGAACAAGAAAGGAAGAGGGAAGAAGAUAACUGGACUACAUUGUAUGCCUGGAGAUCCGCAGAAAGUUCUCGUAACUUCAAAUGACUCUCGCAUUAGAGUCUACGAUGGCAUGGGACUUUGCGCCAAAUACAAAGGUCUGAAGAAUAUAAACAGCCAAAUCUCAGCGUCCUAUACUCGAAAUGGAGACUACAUCAUCAGCGCAAGCGAAGAUUCUCGAGUUUUAAUUUGGAGUUCGGAUAACAAGGACCCGUCCUCUGCCAAGUCGCUUUAUGGAAGAGACAAGCAGCUGGCUUGUGAAGAAUUCAGCUGCCGUUUCGUUUCAUUGGCUAUACCGUGGCCGGGAACCAGAAACUACUCAAGUUUUUCACAGCCGGAUAUUGGAACCCCAGCUGGGUCUGACUCGAAUGGCGACGCACGUGCUGCAAGUGAAGCUGAGUUUUCUUCCCCACCAAACUGCGCGGACUUGGAACAGUCCGACGACAAAUUUGAUUGCUCUGACAGGUUUCUAAGUUGCAGGGAUCCCUCAGACAGGUUUCUUAGUUUUAGGGAUCAAGUUGACGUAGAUGAAGACUCUGAUUCUAUUGACCAAGUUGAUAGUGCGAGGUUUGAAAAUCAGGGUUCUCUCUCAGGUGAUGGCGAGAAUUUUUUUCCUCAACCACAGUCGUGCAGGAGCUUCUUUGAUAGCAUUGGACCAAAUGGAUCGACCACGAGAUGUUCGGGAGAACAGCCUCCUGCAUCCGGCAGUCCUUUGUCCUCUGGGUUUGGCAUGAUGCGCUCAGCCUCGCUAGGAAGUGAUGAUGGCAGACGCAUUGUUGAAGAUACAGCUCCAGCGGAAGACACUCCUGCAGUUUCUGCUCUCUGGGGUUUGGUGAUUGUGACUGCAGGGUUGGAUGGUAAAGUAAGGACAUUCCAGAACUAUGGCCAUCCUGUCCGGCUUUGAGUAUGAGUAGCUUGCGUUUGAUUCAGCGCUAAGGAUGAACGAUUUUUUGUGUUGCAACGGCUUAUCUCCUUCAAAGGGAUCAAUCACAAAUUGUGAUUAUCAGUUCUUUCUGCUCCCAAGUCACCUUGUAUUCGGAUCUUGUAUCGUAAAGAAAGUCAUAAGCUUAAGUGUGGCUGUUUAGGACAAUUCAUUGUUUUUUUUUUUCAACCCUUCUGCAAGUAUCUUGCAUUACCCAUGUUGACUCACGAGCUGUAAUCGCUAUCAGGUAUUUUCAUCAUAAACAACAGCUAUGUGUUUA